AUGUUAAUACGAACCAUGCGAUCGAGACUGACUCUUGUUUGGUCUAGUAUUGGUGGUGUACGACCGCCAAAUUCACAACUACAGAAUGCCUCGAUGAGCACGCGAAUAAGUGUUCCUAGUCCACCUGAAUCAUUGGUCAAUAACAAGUUCACCAAGAAACUUCGAAAAUUGUAUGCAAAGAAAUUGAAUUCGGGUGAAAUACUUCCAGAACCUAUAAAAACUCAUUCUGCAGAUAUCACACACGCAAAGCCAAUACAAGCUCGUUUUAAGAGCGAAGCACAACUAUAUAACCAUGUGAUAUCAACGAUUCAAGGCUUCACAACUUACUUACAAUUGAGUGAAUUUAUAAGUCAAAUUGAGCCGGACGUGUUACGAUUUCCAAAUUCGUCUUUGUCUUUACUUGUACAAUGGAGGAGGCAGAAUGUUAAUAAUGAAGCUGAUUAUGAAACGUUGAACCACAUCUUUAAAUCGAUGUCUGUCCAAGAGCAUGAUUUUAAUAGCCUAUAUCUCGAAAAGUUGAUGAAAUUGUACCUUUGUGUCUUUCAAAUGAAUCAUCUGCCAUUGAAUGUCAUUUAUUUGAACCUAAUUUGGGUACACCAUGGGACACCAGAAUUAUAUGAUGCAUAUGUUCUAACAUAUUUGUUAAUUUUAUACAAUUCCGGACAGAAGCAAUUAAGUAUCAAUCAGUUGAUGAGGCAUUUGACAGUUAAUCAAGGAAAAGCUGUGUCAUUUAUGAAGAAUUUACCGGACAUUUUUAUUUUGCACAUGUUGGAAACUCGAGAUUUUGAAAGGUUACAUUUCAUAAUGUCCCAAUUUAAGGCAUACAAUCUCCGUGUGGAUGAUCAUCUCUGGAUCUCCAUCCUACUGUCUGGACUUCACUACAAUAACUACGAAAUAGUCAAUUUUGUGUACAAGAAUUAUAUAAUGAAGGACUUUUCGUCGGGAAAGUUUACGAUAGACGACGCAGUUUUAAGUCAAAACACUAUAGACAGCAAUUCCGUAUUUGGAACUUUUACUGACACUUUGAUACUACAGAUACUACAUACAAUUUCAAUGAGUGGUGAUAUUAAAAGUACAGAGGAUUUAAUCAAAGGACAUUUUGUUUACAAGGCAUUGUCGAAUGAAACCAAAGCAUUGAGCAAAGAAUUAUGCAUUAACAUUAUCGAGAGCUAUUGUUACAACAUCCCUGAUGAGACGACAGUUGAUGCCAGUUAUGGAGACGAAAGCAUCAAGAGAAUACUAGAUUUGAUUAACGUUUUCGUGAACCAGACAAAUCUAUCCAGUGUUGAUUUAUUUGAAUGUAUGAACUUCAAAUUUAAAAACUGGAAAGCAGAUACAAGAGAGUUGGAUUCUAAUACGAAUAUUGUGUUUGAAGAGGAAAACGAAGAAACAAUUCCCAUGUUUUAUGGCAACACAAACAUUCACAAUUCCAAGUAUGGCGUUGUAUUGGCUAACUUGUCAAAUUUGAAUGAGUUUAUUAAUGUCCAUGUCAAUUAUAUGAACAACGGUAAUUUUAAUACAAAAACACAAACAAUAUUUAUAAAUUGUCUUUUAAAUCAUAUGGUAGUAUUCUUGAAUCACACAGGGUUAGUAUCGGUUUUGAAAAAUUUGCAUUUUCUACAUGGAGUUGAAUUUGUUAACUAUUUAGAUCAGGAAUCUUGGAAAUUAAUCCUCCAAUCCGUCUCGCUUUCCACAUCGAAAAUGUGUGCAAGAUUCUAUUUUGAUUAUAUGAAGAAUCAUGGCAUAGAAGUGACGCCUCGCUUUUAUUCUUGCUUGAUAAAAGCGUCAUUAAAUGGAGAUGACUAUUAUGGAGACGUGAUAUUUUAUGUGGAACAAUGCUUGAAGGAUCAUGGUGAAUUGAAUCACGAUAUGCAAAGGGUGUUAGACAUAGUAACAAAUAAUAACUCAAAGAUCAAAGAGUUAAUCACCAACUUGCAAGAGCCAGGAGAGGAAUUGGUGUCCACGGUAAAUCCAGCAAUUAAACGACAGUAUUUGGAGCGCUAUGAUUUGAAUGAGUUAGAAGUUUUAGAACGAGUGUUUGUAUAG